GCUUCAGCUAGUAGAUCGCAACAAGUAGCAACCGCAACGGUAAGCAAUUCCACGAAGCACAAAUCGCAUCGGAAGUUUCAAUGACAUUGUACAUUCACAGAACAUGAUUCAAUAGCGUUGCUAUCGGGUUGGUCGGGUUUUACGGCAACGGCGGCGGCGUGAGAGCCGGCCGGCACCGCUGCGUCGGCCAACAUAACGGUGCACGGUGCGAAAAAGCAGACGAAAACAAAGAUUCGAAAAGGAAAAACCGGAGCAAUCAAUGCACGCCGCGGCGCCGUCGUGCAAAGCGGCGCAGCCGCUCGGUGCCCCGUCGGGGUUCGUGGCCAGCCUAGCGUGCAGCAGGGAAAACAACGCCCUUCCCCGAUAAAUUCAUCCGUCUCGCGUCGUGCGUACGCCGCGCAGGGCUAGACAACACGGGACAUUCGCGGUGGUGAGUGGUUGUGUGUGCGUUACUACAUGCCGACGUCGUCUGCAACGGCGAGCCAUCCGCAACGAGAGGUCAGCGAAGACGCGGUCAUCGCGACGCCAGGUGCGAAGUUGUCGCCGUCGAAGAAACGACGGAUGCUCUCUGUGAUGCUUUCCCGCGCUGCGCAGCGCGGUGUGGCCUACAUGUGAAAAUCGGAAGCACGCUGUGUGCGAGUUGGUGCCCGGGUUUUGCCCAGCGACCAUGGUGCUGCGAAAGUCCGAGUACCGCAAGAACUUCAAGUGGUUCUCGCCCGACAAGCGCAACGCCCUGUGGCUCGAGAACGCGCUGUACCGCGCCGAGAGGCGCCAGCGCGAGUACUGCCACGAACCGCUGGGAGACGAGCAGGAUAGCGGCUUCGAGGUGGGAGACUCCGAGUCCGAAGAAUGCGGCUUACCGCCCACGAAGCUCCGGCAGCGACGGUUGCAGCUCAUCGCGGAGGCUUCUUCUUCCGCGGCAAAGAAGCCCGCUGAUGAUGAAGACGUAGUUCUCGGCCGCCAACGAAAAUCCACGCCGCCGCGUCGUAGACCGGCGGAAGAAGUCGACUUAAUCCUCGUGUCGCCCGACAGGCACACGGCCACGCAGACCGCGCGGCCUGCCAAGAAAGACGUCGCGGUACAGACCGUGCUGGCCGACAUCGUGAAGAUGCCCCGAACUGCGCAGGACCACAAACGACGAACCCGUAGCAGAUACCGUGGCAGUCCCACGAGGGAGCCAGAACAGUGUCAACGCUGCUUCGCUCUGUGGGGUGCCCCCUUCGAGAACUUCGGCUGGGCAGACGACGUCGACACGAUAGCAACAAAGCGGACGUUCAACGUGGCCGCCUCAACCAACGAGAUAUAUCCCUCGGCCCUGGCUGCCGCGAGAACACGGCAACGGUCGCCCACCCCACCACCGCCGAUGCAGCGCAAGACCUACCGACCGGGACGUCCACACUCGGCGCCACCCAAGGACCGGCGCAUCUGGAUCUCAGAGUACAGAGAACAGUACCGAUGAGGCCGUUUUUUUGGGCGACCUCACCAUAGUCAAGGGACGGCACUCCUGCGUGCCUGCCGUCUUGCCAAGCCAAAGACGCGCAACGACUGCCAUAUAGCCCUGCUGGGCACACAAGUCGGGAAGCCAAGCCGGCACUUUUAGCCGGUUCCGUCACGUCUUUCGUACCGGCUGUUGUCUAGUAGUGCGCCUUAUCGAGGCAGCUCAGUGACCAACUAUGCAGAUAACUCGCACGCAUGUCAAAGCAUGCUUCAUCUCUCAACCUUCCACUUGUAGUGUCAUUACACCACGUAAUUCUGCCAGAAGAGGCCAUCUUGUAAACAGUCAGGACAUCCGCUCAGCUUGAAGGUUCAUAUCUUAAAGCAAAGCUUGAAGGUGUUGAAGCCAAGCUGCCACACCAAAUCAAAGUGCAGAUCUUCAUAACAACAGGGUUCCUAUACAACAUGCUGUCAUCACUUAAAACAGGAGGCUCCAGAAAUGCCCUCAUGCCUGUGAUUGCGUCAUUAGGUGGCAAAUAAGUUACACUGUGACCUCAUAGUGCUAGGGUUACAACGUACAACUGCUGAAGAAAACUGUCACCAUGCUGAACCAGCUAUGGCCUACAGAGAAAAUUGCUUAAAGGCUUCUAAUAGGCAAUACUGUAUUGUAGCUAACCGGCCAUGAAUGGGAUGAGUGCACCUGCUACAUGUGGCAAAGGUUUUGCACCGAGUCCCUAAUCUCGCAGCAUAGAUUACGCAUGACCACAUUUUAGUACAUCUACAGCGUGCGCAAAGAAGAAAGAAAACCUUUUAGGUGGAAUACCAUUCUACGUUAGUUUGCACACACAACUGAUCUCUCCGUCAAUCACUUCACUUUGGUGAAGGGCACAGCACAAGCAUGCAGCAUUAGCAAGGUGUAGCUCUGCACAUGUUGCGUCCAUAAGAAUGCCACGUUUCACAUAGUGCACACGAGCAGAAGUUCUGCGCCCGUGCUCUAUGCGAAAUGUCUUGUUCUUACGUACGCAAUGUCAUUAUAUAUGCUACACAUACAGUACUAAAACUCGCUAUUAUUACUGCCCUAUACUCCUAGUAUAAGCGAUUGAACGGAUUGAGGCAUAUUUCGAUUCCAUUCUCACCCGCACCAACCUUAGUCAAGGUUCCAUUGCGUCAGGCACGAGUUGCUUCGAGGACACAUCUUGCACAAUUUUCACGGCACCAACAACGCACAUUGAUUGUCCAAAUGUUUCAAAGAUCACCAUCUCGAAAGUAUUUGGAAGCCAUUGAAGAGUAUGAUGUCGUUUUCUGCGCUCCCGUCUCGAGGGAGUGGUUGUCGCAAGCUAAGCGCAUCACUGCCAGAAUGCCAUAAACUUUGCCUACCACUACUGUGUACCCUGGUAGUUAGUCAAAGGAAAUCUAUUUUGUACUUCCUUCACUGCCACGACAACGUGAUGUCACUCACGUGUGUGCGCCGACAUACAAUUAACACAAACACCAGUUUCUUAAACUGAUGCCAACCGCAGUGUACAAAUGUGUGCGCAGCGCGAGUCAGUGUUUUGUCAACUUCACCGCCACCACAAAGGAUGAGGAGAAACAAAGGUGCAUUGGCUUCUUUUGCACAUGAACUUGCACAAAGUCUUCUUGCUUCUAACUGAGCACAAUGUCACAAGAAUUGUAGUAUUUCUGUUGGACUCUCGGCAAAUGAAUAUUACAGUAAACACUUCGGAUGUGAAUUCUUGUACUAGAUGGACUGCCUAAUCAGACAGAAGCUCUCUCCAAAAAGUCACUUAGCAAUGACACCUGUCCAGAGCAACAGACAGUGAAAGCAGAAGCUGUCAACCUAUCUACUAGACUGCACUACAUCCAUCUUUGCACCGAAAGUGCACGGAGCGAAAAUGACACAUUACAACACUGAACAAAGAGUGAGGUGAAAUUCAAAUCUCCAUUCCAAGGAACUUGUCAUACCAAGUUCGUCUUGUUGUAUGAUCACUGCACUUUACGGGCGAAUUUGAGCACAAGCUUGCACACUGGAAUUGGGAAGCAAAUACACACUUGGCAAAUGCACGCAAGCAGCUUAUAACUCAUUACUCAGGGCUACUUCUAUGUAACCUCCUAACGGGCUCGUCGGCUGUCAACCGCAGUGCACAACUCUGCAUGCAGUGUAUCUAAGUUAUGUUUAGCUGGAACGGCAUAUCAUCCACGCAUAGAAGCCAUGCAUGCCAAGCUGACUGCCUUUCUUCUUCCACGGGUGAUAUACAACAAAUGUGCCUUCGCAUCGGGGCGUACAAUGUCCCAGUCUGUGUCGCGAGGUGUGCGAAGUAAAAAAACAAAACCUAUAGUUACGUUUUGACUUUAAGCGUUUCUUUACGUUUUGUUCCCCGUCUUUCGGUAGUCUGGAAUUGUGCAGAAUUUUUACGUUUUUUUUACACUUGACAAAUAAAGAAAUUACGA